ACUCCCCUGCCUUACAACAAGCUGACAGACAAAGAGACCUUCCCAUUAUCUCUCUAUAACUCUCUCUCUCCAAAACCCAUUCCUUCAUAUUCACAAUCUUUCAGAGUAAGAAGUUUCAUACUCCAUAACAAUGGCGGAAUCAAGAAAAUGCAUUUCAGCAACAGACCUCGAAACCCACAAUAAGCCAGGAGAUAUCUGGAUCUGCAUUCAGGGUAAAAUUUACGACGUUUCCAACUGGGCAAAAGAUCAUCCAGGCGGUUCACAGCCUUUACUGAAUCUCGCCGGAAAAGAUGCAACUGAUUCAUUCGUUGCCUAUCAUCCAGGAACCGCGUGGAAGUAUCUUGACGAGUUCUUCAAUGGUUACUACCUUGAAGAUUACUCUGUCUCUGAUAUCUCCAAGGAUUAUAGAAAACUCCUGUUUGAGUUCACUAAGAUGGGUUUAUUUGAAAAGAAAGGACAUGUCACAUCUGUAACUCUCACUGUCAUUGUAAUGCUGUUCGCUGCUAUUCUCUAUGGAGUUCUCUUCUCCAGCAGCACUUUUGUUCAUUUCAUUUGCAGUAUGAUGAUGGGUGUUCUUUGGAUUCAAAGUGGUUGGAUCGGACAUGAUUCAGGUCAUUAUCAAGUAAUGCCGAAUAAAAAACUCAAUCGUUUUACUCAGAUCUUGACCGGUAACUGUCUCGCCGGAAUCAGCAUUGCUUGGUGGAGAUGGAACCAUAAUGCACAUCACAUUGCUUGUAAUAGUCUCGACCAUGAUCCAGAUCUUCAACACAUGCCAUUCUUUGCGGUAUCAAACAAGUUAUUCAAUUCAAUCACUUCUUAUUUCUACGAUAGAAAAAUGAAUUUCGAUUCUGUUUCUAGAUUCUUAAUUAGUUACCAGCAUUUGUCAUUCUAUCCCGUAAUGUGCUUAGCUAGAAUCAAUCUAUUUGCACAAUCUAUAAUCCUAUUACUAUCCAAAAGAAAAGUACCCAACAGAAUUCCCGAGAUUUUUGGAGUACUUGUUUACUGGGUUUGGUUUCCAUUGCUGGUUUCUUGCUUACCCAAUUGGGGAGAAAGAGUAAUGUUCAUUCUUGUUAGCUUCUCUGUCACUGGAAUUCAACAUGUUCAGUUCUGUUUGAACCAUUUCUCUUCAAAUGUGUAUAUGGGUAAACCAAAUGGAAACGAUUGGUUUGAAAAACAGACAAUGGGUACACUUAACAUAUCAUGCCCAAGUUGGAUGGAUUGGUUUCAUGGAGGUUUGCAGUUUCAGAUUGAACAUCAUCUGUUUCCAAGAUUACCUAGGUGUCAAUUGAGGAAGGUUUCUCCUUUUGUGAAGGAUCUUUGCAAGAAACACAAUCUGGGUUACAAUAUUGUACCGUUUUUGAAGGCGAAUUUGAUGACUAUAGACACGUUGAAGAAAGCUGCACUUCAGGCUCGUGAUCUUACAAGCCCUGUUCCAAAGAAUUUGGUCUGGGAAGCUCUCAACACUCAUGGAUGAUGAUGAAGAAGAAGAAAUGGGGAAUUAUGAAUUUAGUAGUAUAUUCAUCAAGUUUAUUAUCUAUCUACUGUUUUGUCAAGAUUUUGCUGUUCCUUAAGAAAUUGUGAUCGAACUGAAAUAAGCAAAAAUCAUAAUUAUCAGUUUUUUAUUUUUCUGCA